GUGACGCGGUUGCUCAAAAGAGUUCAGCAAAGCAUCUGGGAGCAAAACACCAGCUAGCUUAAAUACAUUUUCCACCAGAAGACCAGCGGAGGGGACUAAGACACGGUCAGGACAGUGAACAAAUAAGUGAAUAGACGUCCAUUAUGAAUCCCGUGUACAGCCCUGCACCAACAGGGGUCCCCUUUACCAACACUAAGGGUAUAGGCUACCCAGCUGGAUUCCCUGUUGGCUACGCAGCAGCUGCUCCAGCAUACACUCCUAACAUCUAUGCAGGAGCGAACGCAGCCUUCUCCAGUGGCUAUGCUCCAGGGACUCCUUUCAAAAUGUCCUGCUCUCCCAACACUGGGACUGUCCCGCCGUACUCCUCCUCACCCAGCCCCUACCCUGCUGCUGUGUACCCGGUCAGGAGCACCUACCCCCAACAGAACCCCUAUGCACAGGCACUAAUACCUUCACAACAACAAGGCACUUACUACACACAGCCGCUGUAUGCUGCACCGCCUCAUGUUAUCCAUCACACUACAGUGGUCCAGCCCAAUGGGAUGCCUGCAGCCAUGUAUGCCCCGCCUAUGCCUCCUCCCCGCCACAACAGUGUCGCCAUGGGGAUGGUAGCCGGCACCACUAUGGCCAUGUCAGCUGGAACUUUGUUGACGACUCCAUCACCAGCGUCUGUUGCCCCCCACCAAGUCACGAUGCCCACAUAUCGACCUCCUGGCACACCCAGCUACAGCUAUGUCCCCCCACAGUGGUGAAGAGAGGGAAGCGUCUGAGGAUGGUAGAUAUGCAUUCACACUCUACUCCAGUGUUUAUUGCUCUUGGUGAAGACCUGCCCCGCCAGCGUCUGCAACCAGUUACUCUUCUUCCAGCAUAAUGUGAAUCUAAAACCCAACUACAUAGAAAGAGGCCCAUUUUCGGAAUAGGAGGGGGUGAAGAAUAGGCCCAUCCCCCAUGACCCCUCUCAAUGGAAUAAGGCUGCAUUCCAUGUCACACACCCGCCAGCGCCAGCACCUCUACAACCUGCUGCAUAUCUCACAUCAAACAGCAAUGCCUCCAUGCAAACUUUUCUUUGUGGACUGUCAUGCAGGUUUUUAUAGCUUCAAAUUAAGUGGUGAAAAGGGAGUUAGGAACUGUUUUUUCGUUGUUCAUUUUAAUCCGGGGGAUACAUAUGAUGUUGAAUGCAUGUGUAUAUAUAGAUAUAUGAAGUAAUGCUAGCGCAAUCUACCUGCUGUGACAGAUGCAAACUCAACUAAAGGCACACAUCCAAAGGAACUUAAAAAAAAAAAAAGUAAUAAUCUGCAAUGCUGAAUCACCAGUGACCAUGUCUUACAUGUGAAAGAAGAAAAGACAAGAAAUGUUAUCCAUGCAAAAACAUGCCUGCACACACACGUGCAGACCAAACUGUACUCUCUUCACUGCUUUGUGUUUUUGGUAAUCAGAGCUAGGUUUGAAUUCUUUUUCUCAGUGAUGCAGUGUUUGCAUUUCGUCUUACCAUUUUUGUAUUUUAGGAGAGAUGGGACUUAUGAGUUUGUGCCUCUGACUGACGGCCAUUCCAACACUUAAUCAUUCUCAGUGUUUAUAUUUUUCCUGCUCUGUCAGACCUUUUAGGAAAAGAGUAUCAGCUUUCCCAAAAGUGUCACGCAGCCUUUUGUUUCCUGCUCUUUUAGGCGAUAUCAACGUUAAAACUAUUCAGUAAUUCCAGAUUCAUUCUUGGAGGGAGUUGUUGGAAAUAAUUUGCACCCAUUUAAGAGUUAGGAGCGUGCAUGAGCAGGACCAGUGUCGUGUGUGUGUGUGUGUGUGUGUGUGUGUGGAAGAGGAUUGAAAUAGAAACCAUUAAGAAUGGUGCCAUAUAGUGCGACACGCCUUGAGUAUUUGACCUACAUCUCACAAUAAUGAACUUGUCCUUAGGUAGGUCUAAAGCACUACGUCAUGAACUCACUGCUAACUGUGGACAUGCUAGGAAAACAUGAUAUUGUUAAACUCCAUUUGUGAAUAGCACUACUGAAGAAAGGCACUAAUUCAAAAGCAGUAAAGAUAUCUGACCUUCUACAUCGCUCGCUGUUUUACCUCGAGGUUCCAGGCUAACACACCAGUAUCACUGUUUCUGACAUGCUUUUCUAUGUUGCCUCAGUCACCUCAGUUAAAUAAUCUGUUUUGUAAAUGUUAUUUUUGUGAUUUUGGUUCUUGUUUUGUAUUCUAAAGAAAGACCAAAAAUAAAACAAAUAUAAGAAGA